CCCCACUACCCCCCAUUUUCUCUCCUUUCUAUAUAUUCUCCACAACCCUGCCUUCCCACUUCAUUGAUAAUCAUCCAUCCAUAAUCUCUCUCUCUCUCUCUCUCUCAAUAGAAAAAGCUUGUUCUCUUUCACUCUUCCUCUCCUCUCCCCCGAAUUUUCUUUCUCCCAAGUAACCUCCUUCAAAAAACAAAGCACUUUAGUUUUCUUUCUUGUAUUACAAGAACAAAGAUUAGAAACAAUGAGUAUUGAAAAGGAAGAUUUUGGUUUGAGCCUAAGUUUGAGCUUUCCUCAAAAUCCACCAAAUCCUCAAUACCUUAAUCUUAUGUCUUCUUCAACUCAUUCAUAUUCUCCUUCUACUUUCAAUCCUCAAAAACCUUCUUGGAAUGAUGUUUUUACUUCUUCAGAUCGGGAUUCGGAGACAUGCAGAAUCGAAGAACGUCCUUUAAUUCUCCGAGGAAUCGAUGUGAAUCGGUUACCUUCAGGUGCUGAUUGUGAAGAAGAAGCAGGAGUUUCAUCACCAAACAGCACCGUUUCAAGUGUGAGUGGUAAAAGAAGCGAAAGAGAAGUUACCGGUGAAGAUCUUGACAUGGAAAGAGAUUGUUCAAGAGGAAUCAGUGAUGAAGAAGACGCUGAAACUUCAAGGAAAAAACUUAGACUCACCAAAGACCAAUCAAUCAUUCUCGAAGAGAGUUUCAAAGAACACAACACUCUUAAUCCCAAACAAAAAUUGGCACUUGCAAAACAAUUGGGACUUCGUGCUAGACAAGUUGAAGUUUGGUUUCAAAAUCGUAGAGCAAGGACUAAGUUGAAGCAAACAGAGGUAGAUUGUGAAUUUUUGAAAAGAUGUUGUGAGAAUCUAACGGAUGAAAAUAGACGGUUGCAAAAAGAAGUGCAAGAGUUAAGAGCAUUGAAACUUUCCCCACAAUUCUACAUGCAAAUGACACCACCAACAACACUUACCAUGUGCCCCUCUUGUGAGCGUGUCGCUGUUCCAUCAUCUGCCGUUGAUGCUGCCACGCGUCGUCAUCCUAUGGCUUCAAAUCACCCUCGUACGUUUUCCGUGGGACCAUGGGCCACAGCUGCUCCAAUCCAACAUAGGACCUUUGAUACACUCCGUCCUAGAUCUUAACGUGUAUGGAUGAGCAAAAACACAAUUUUAAUGAAACAAAAGAAACAAAAUGGUUGUAACAGCGUUCCAUGAAUUAUGUGUUCAAUGCACUGUUUAAGAUAUGGUUGUUAGAAGAAAUGAUUUUGUGGGUCUCUAAUGUUUUUUGUUUUAGUUUAUUUGACCCCAUUGUCUUCUUUUGGUUUGGGGCAUGGCCUAUUCUAGUCCUAGUUCUAGUUUAGUUAGAAAUUUUAGUUUUUUUUUUUUUUUUAAUACUUAUUUCUUUCUUUCUUUCUAGUUCUCAUGAUUAAUCAGAGACUUAUGUAAAGUGAUCUAAUUAAUUUAAGUAUAGUUUCAUAUGUUAGCA